AUCAGAGUUGAAGUCACUAACUGCUGAUUUCGUCCCUGUACACGUUCAGACGCAAGUAUCAAUCUCAAAAUGGCCUCAAUCAACUUGAUUGUCUGCAUCGCCAUGGUGGCUGUUGCUAGCGGUAUGUACGUGAACAGUGGUAGCACUGGCUACAACAGUGGUAGCAACAGCUACGACAGCGGAAAGGGCUACAACAGCGGUAGCAACAGCUACGACAGCGGUAGCAAUAGCUACGACAGCGGAAAGAGCUACAACAGCGGAAGCGGAUACAACAGCGGCAGUGGAUACAACAGCGGCAGUAACUACAACAACAACGGCUACAACAACAACAACGGCUACAACAACAACGGAUACAACAGCAACAGCUACAGCAACGGUUACAACAAUGGUCCAGUCGGAAACAGCAAUCAGUACAGAGAUGGUCUUUACUUCAACGGUGGUAACAACUACGGCUCAAACUACGGCUCAUCCAACUAUGGCUCAUCUAGCUACUCUGCCCCAUCCAACUAUGGCUCAUCAAACUACGGCUCAUCCAGCUACGCUGCCCCAUCCAACUAUGGCUCAUCUAGCUACUCUGCCCCAUCCAACUAUGGCUCAUCUAGCUACUCUGCCCCAUCCAACUAUGGCUCAUCUAGCUACUCUGCCCCAUCCAACUAUGGCUCAUCUAGCUACUCUGCCCCAUCCAGCUAUGAUUCAUCCAACUAUGGCUCAUCUAGCUACUCUGCCCCAUCCAACUAUGGCUCAUCUAGCUACUCUGCCCCAUCCAACUAUGGCUCAUCUAGCUACUCUGCCCCAUCCAACUAUGGCUCAUCUAGCUACUCUGCCCCAUCCAACUAUGCCUCAUCUAGCUACUCUGCCCCAUCCAACUACGGCUCAUCCAGCUACGAUUCUUCCAACUCUGCCUCCUACGGCAAAGGCUCCAACAGCUACAAUGCCAACAAUAACUACGCUUCAGGAUCAUCCUAUUAAGUGUGUGUAACGUAGACGACGGCGGCGACUGUUUCGCUUUAUCGGCGACGACGAUGUUUGCAAUGCUAGUCAAAUUUUAUCUUUUAUUUAUGAAAUAAAGGUUUUUUUUUGCUCGC